GGAGCGGGCCAAUCAGAGAGCUCGGUGGGACGUUUUUUCAGCUGCCAGUCGGGCCUUUAUAAAACUUGCGUGCCUCGAUCCGAGGAGCUCAGUUUCUACUCGGGAGUUGAACCGUGACGAGAAUACAUAGGAAGUAACCAUGCUGCCCCUCGUCGUGUUGACCGUGUGCCUUGGAGCCGCCCUCUCCGCCCCCAGUCUGGACCCUCAGCUGGACGACCACUGGGACCUGUGGAAGAGCUGGCACAGCAGGAAGUACCACGAGAAGGAGGAGGGCUGGAGGAGAAUGGUGUGGGAGAAGAACCUGAAGAGGAUCGAGCUGCACAACCUGGAGCACUCGAUGGGCACACACACCUACAGCCUGGGCAUGAACCACUUUGGGGACAUGACCAACGAGGAGUUCAGGCAGCUCAUGAACGGCUACAAGCACAAAGCGCAGAGGAAGUUCAGGGGGUCCCUGUUCAUGGAGCCCAACUUCCUGGAGGCCCCGAGCUCCGUGGACUGGAGGGAGAAGGGCUACGUCACCCCCGUCAAGGACCAGGGUCAGUGUGGCUCUUGCUGGGCCUUCAGCAGCACCGGCUCCCUGGAGGGUCAGCACUUCAGGAAGACGGGCACUCUGGUGUCACUGAGCGAGCAGAACCUGGUGGACUGCUCCCGGCUCCAGGGCAACGAGGGCUGCGACGGCGGCCUGAUGGACCAGGCCUUCCAGUACGUCAAGGACAACCAGGGCCUGGACUCGGAGCAGUCCUACCCCUACGUGGGCUCGGACACCCUGCCGUGUCACUACGACUCCGCCUUCAACUCGGCCAACGACACCGGCUUCGUCGACAUACCGACCGGUAAGGAGCACGCCCUGAUGAAGGCCGUGGCCGCCGUGGGACCCGUUUCCGUCGCCAUCGACGCCGGACACGAGUCUUUCCAGUUUUACCAGUCGGGGAUCUACUUUGAGAAGGCGUGCAGCACCGAGAACCUGGACCACGGGGUGCUGGUGGUGGGUUACGGCUUCGAGGGAGAGGAUGUGGACGGGAAGAAAUACUGGAUUGUCAAGAACAGCUGGGGUGUGAAGUGGGGAGACCAAGGCUUCAUCCUCAUGGCCAAAGACAGGAAGAACCACUGCGGCAUCGCCACGGCAGCCAGUUACCCUCUCGUCUAACGUCCCGCACGCCUCCACUUUACCAUAGUUUUUAUUUCAAUUGCAAUAGUUUUUGGAUGAAAGCCACGACGACGACGAGAUUGCAUGAUGUUUUAUGAGGAGGAAACACUGUUUUUAGGGAAAUGGCGCCAUUUUGUUGUUGUUGUGGUUGUUUGGCUGGUUUUUCUGCCACUUUUAUUUUAUCUGAAAACAUUUUAGUGUUUUUAAUUUUUGUAAAUAUGCCUAUGCUUCUUGGCGAGUGACGAUAAAUGAACACUUGCUUCGGUCAUUGUAAAUGAUUCUACUUUUACUGUGAUCAAUUAAAGUUGUGAAACACUA